AUGGAGGUAUACAUCGAUGACAUGCUCGUAAAGUCUCUUGACGAGCACGACCACGUCUCCGAUUUGGAGGAGUUCUUUGCAAGACUUAACGCCCACAACAUGAAACUGAACCCUACAAAGUGUAGAUUCGCGGUGGCAUCAGGAGAAUUUCUCGGGUACCUAGUCACGUGUCAUGGGAUCGAAGCCAAUCGUAAGCAGAUAAACGCGUUAAUAGAGAUGGUCUCGCUAAAGACGAAACGGGAAGUCCAAAGGCUAACCGGAAGAGUCGCGGCCUUGAACCGUUUCAUCUCGCGCUCGACGGAUAAGUGUCUUCCUUUCUACGACACUUUGAAAGGGAAUAAGAAGUUCGAAUGGUCGGAGGAAUGUGAGAAAGAUUUCCAACAGCUAAAACGUUACCUGGCCACUACUCCCGUCCUCGCAAAACCAGUGGAGGGAGAACCCUUGUUCGUGUACAUCGCAGUCUCCACAACAGUGGUAAGCGGCGUUUUGAUUAGAGAGGAACGCGGUGAGCAAAAACCAAUCUUCUACAUAAGCAAAACGUUACUGGACGCUGAGACCCGGUAUCCCCUGAUGGAGAAACUAGCAUUCGCAGUUGUGACAUCGGCAAGGAAACUCCGGCCGUACUUUCAGUUGCAUACCAUAAUAAUCCUCACCACCUUCCCCCUGCGAACGAUCUUGCACAGUCCGAGUCAGUCAGGACAACUCGCAAAAUGGGCAAUCAAACUAAGCGAGUACGACGUGGAGUACCACCCAAGAACCUGCCCAAAAUCUCAAGUACUAGCGGACUUCUUGGUAGAAUUGCCCACGGGGGAUAUGACAAACACGGAACCGGACUCAACCUGGAUCCUUCACGUCGACGGAUCAUCGUCCAAACAAGGAUCCAGGAUCGGAAUCCGGCUCUCCGACCGGCGAAGUCUAGGAACGACUGUUCCUAGACUUCGCCGGUCGAACAACGAGGCCGAACAUGAAGCACUCGUCGCAAGAUUACAAUUAGCCCAUGGGCUUAAGAUCCGCAACAUUCACGCGUACUAUGACUCUCAGUUGGUCGCAAAUCAGUACAGUGGAGAAUACGAAACAAGGGACGAAAGAAUGGAUGCAUAUCUAAAACUCAUCCAAGACCUCUCCCGAGACUUUAACCACUUCGCCCUCACUAGGAUUCCUCGCUCGGAAAACACUCAGGCGGAUGCCUUGGCCACACUCGCAUCAAGUUCGGAUUCUGGACAAAGACGAGUAAUCCCCGUCGAGUUCAUCGAACACCUAAGCAUCGGACCACCAGUGGUCGCCAAUCUGAUUCGAGCACAAAUCGAAAAUGCGGAUGAAGUCGAAGACCCACCAGAAGAAAACGUGGAUCAGUCGGAAUACAGCUGCGACAGCCCAUGGCUAGAGCCAAUCCGAGAAUACAUAAUCAACGGAACGCUUCCCACUGAGAAAUGGGCAGCCCGCAAAAUCAAGACCCAGGCCGCGCGAUAUGUAACGGUCGAAGGAGAAAUCUACAAAUGGAGAUUCUCCGGCCCACUCAUGACCUGCGCCGAAGGCGAAAAAGCAAGAAGAGUAAUGGAGGAGGUUCAUUCCGGAUCAUGUGGGAAACACUCCGGCGGAAGAUCUCUCGCCGUAAAAAUAAAACGCCAUGGUUAUUACUGGCCAACUAUGAUCAAAGACUGCGAGAAGUUCGCACGGAAGUGCGAAAAAUGCCAAAAGCACGCGCCGACAAUCCAUCAACCCGCGGAAGUCCUCUCGUCCAUCUCGUCUCCGUAUCCCUUCAUGCGAUGGUCCAUGGAUAUCGUCGGGCCAUUACAUGACUCGAAGCAGAAACGCUUCCUUCUGGUCCUCACGGAUUUCUUCUCAAAACACGGGGUCCCUUACGAAAUCGUGAGAGACAACGGAUCUCAGUUCAUCUCUACCCGAUUCGAAGCAUUCUGCGAGAAGUGGAAGAUACGACUGACCAACUCGACUCCCAGAUAUCCACAGUGCAAUGGCCAGGCAGAGACCAUCCACAAAACCGUCCUCGACGGGUUAAAAAAGCGCUUAGAACGGUCGCAUCGUACGACCCCGAGACGGGCUACGGGUGAAACACCAUUCGCCCUCAUUUACGGAACAGAAUGUAUGAUCCCCGCAGAAGUAGAAUUUCCCGGAGUACGGAGAAGAUUCCUCCCCGAACGAGAAGAUCUUAACAGCGCGAUGCUGCUGGACGAACUCGACCUUAUUAACGAGCGGCGAGAUCAAGCUCUCAUACGAAUGCAAAAUUACCAGCCCGCCGCCGCAAAAUACUACAACUCAAACGUUCGCAAUCGCAGGUUCAAAGAAGGCGACCUGGUCCUUCGCAAAGUCUUCCAAAACACUGCCAAACGUACGCAGGAAAACUGGGAGCAAACUGGGAAGGUCCACACAAGGUCAUAA